ACCACCACCACCACCACCGCUUCUACCGCUGCUUCUUCACACGCUCUCGUCAUCUUUUCUUUUAUAUCCCCCAUCCCCUCAUAUCCUCGCUCAUCUCCACUUUCCGUUCCACCCCUCACACACACACACACCAUCGACCAUGACACGACACCCCUCCGCGCUCGAGAUUGCCGAGGUCCUCCAGACCAUUGCCUCCUUACUCGACCCCAAAAGCCUCGUCUCCGCCUCCCUCGUCUCCCACCACUGGCACGCAUGCUGCACCCCCAUCCUCUGGAGCACCAUCACCCCAUCCGACUGGUCCCUGGUCCGCUUCAGUCCUCGCCAGCUCUAUGCGCACGCGCACCUGGUCCAUGUGCUCCAAUGGCAUUCUUCUCUACACUCAAACUACAACAUGCCCCACAGCCACGGCAUUGUCACACAAACUGAGAGCUCUCCUAUUGGAGGACUGGCGAUGUCGACCAUGGGAAUCUUACCAUCUUCGCCCUCCACACUACCAUCGACCCAGCCUAUCAUCCAACUACCGAAUUCUUCACAUGUGUAUUCUGAGAAGUCUUCAAGGGAGCACAAAAUCCCCGACGGACAUGUACGCACACGAGGGCAUGAACGCGAAGAAUCAUCUCCAGUCCAGGAGCGACUCUCGCUCGUUUGUCUAAGCAAGAUCAUCGGAAACUGCGCAAACCUCCAACAGCUUAGCGUCCAUGACGAGCGCGACGGGGUCCCUCUCGAUAUCAUUACGGCAAUUAAAUCCUUGCGGUUCCUGCAGUCCUUGGAGUUGUUUGCGAAUAUGGUUGUUAUGCCCGAUCAGACGACGAAGACGACAAAGACGGCCACUCGGCUGUUGAAUGUUCAGGAUAUGGUCCAGGCAUUACCCCAGCUUAAGAGACUUGUUUUGCGAGGAACCGCAUUCUCGUUCCAGUCACUGCCAUUCACACGGGAAGCAACACCAGCACUAGCGAAUGAUGAUGACCUGCGGAAAGGGGAGUCAGGAGACACGACCCGACAAUUAGCGGCGUGUCCGUCUAACUCAAACACAUCACACUACCAGCUCUCGAUUUACACACCCCUUGCUACCUUCCCAAUCCAACAUCUGUCGCUCGACGCACCGGUCUCCGAAGCCGAGUUAGCCUUGCUACUCCAGCAAUCCCCCUCCCUUGAAUCCCUCGACCUCCCUGGCGGACUCCCCUGGGAGCUCUCCUCGGAGUUUAUCCAAGCCCUUGCAACUGCCUGCCCACACCUGUCUGGGUUCUCCAUCAAUGCGUCCUGUUACCCGCCCGUGCCCGAAGAUCAACUCACAGCUCUCGUCAGGUCAUUGCCACCGCUACAGAGGUUCGGUGCCCGAUCGUGUAUGGUGGGCGAUUCGACGUUGGAUGCCCUCGCGGAACGGUGUUCAGAGCUGGAGAGGUUGGAUAUUUCGUUGACGAAGGGUCAUCAGCUGUCAAAACAGAGGUUGUAUGAGUAUUUGAGGAGUGCAAGAAAGUUGAAGGAGUUGGAGGCUGAGGGAGUUUGGAUCCUACUGCAGGAUUUGAAAGAUAACCAGCAACAGCAGCAGCAGCAGCAUGUUGGUGAAGAGGCACAAGGACAGGAGAGUACUCAUCCUGCAGCUACUUCGUCCGACCAACAACACGCCAGACCACGAUGCACCGACUGGGCCAGUCGAGAAACACUGCGUCGACUGACUAUCGGCUUCACGAGCCCCGACCGAAGCAUCCGCCAAUGUUCCUCCAUGUAUACCCUUCUCUCCUCCCUAACCCGUCUCGAGCACCUCCAGCUCUCCUACACGUGUCUCAGUCUGUCGUCAGAUUCUGGGAUCCACCAACUCGGCGCGCUGAAGGAUCUGAGGACGAUUAAUAUCGAGACCUGUGGCUACGUCGCCUUGACACAGGAGGAUCUGGCCUGGAUGGCAAGGACGUGGCCGAAAUUGGAGAAGAUCUGUGUGCACGCCCUGGGCGUAUCCAGAGAAAGACAGCUCCAUGCAUGGCUGAAAGAUGCGGGGAGGGAGGAUGUUGUCAUCGAAAGCCCACAGCUCACGAUGUUCUAAAGCUUAUUAGGAAUCUAUAGUAUCGCCCUAAAAUGGCCUAGAGGAGAACUGGCUAUUCAAUCGGACGCGUCCGGUUAGUAGUUCCUCUUUCCUCCAUCCCUCCAUCUCAUUUCUUGCAUGCUCUCUCCACUUUCUCUUUUCUAGCUUUUCUUCUAUCCUUUAUUAUUCGUUCUAUGUUGUCGCUAUCCUACGCCCUAUGCCUCUUCCUCCCCUCUCUCUUUUGUUUUCGUUCCUCCUUAUACCUGUACACAUCUGCACUUCAGUAAAUAAACACUAUUUACACUAUUUAUUGAAGAACCAAGAGAACUGCCCGUGGCACACGCCAUAGGUCCGAGACAAAAAUAAAUUAGCUAUG